AUGCACAAACCGGUAGAGACUCGUGAUUCACUGCUCAUAGUCUCGGUACGACAAUAUCUUGCAGACAAAAUCAAACCAGUUUUUUCAAUGCUCAAUAAAAUUGAAGGUGUUUCGGAUCGUGAUGAUCUUCCAAAACAAGGGAGAGAUAAUAAAGACCAAACCAAAAAAAUGACUUCUGAACCGAUUGGUGAAAAUGAGCAAAAACCGAAUUCGAAUCCUAAGGAUCAGAAGGAUAAUAAAGCUUCUGGAUCUAAAGGAAAAGAGAAGGUUAUUGAUGAUGAUGAGGAGGAGGAAGAAGGGCUCUCUAAAGGUGAAAAACUUAUAAGAAAGAAAUGCAACAUGGAACUUGAUAAUCUUUUAAAUCUUCGACAAGAGUUAGAAGCAAAGGAGGCCGAAGCUGAAAUUGCAAAAGUCACUCUUGCAACGCAGAAGUCGCUCUUUCCUCCGUGGACAUUGGAAAGAAUUCAAAAGGAAGCAGGUGAUGAUCCGACCACUCACUGGUUGGAGCCUUCUGUAUCGUUUGAGCUGGAUAAUAUUGUUGACUCUCAACUCGACUUUCUGAUCACUCCUAGGGCUUUUUUGUUCAUAUGCUCUGAGAAGAUUGAGAAAGCUCCACUUUCUGACUAUGAUGUUAACCAUACUCUCUUCUCUUUCUAUCUUAAGUAUGGAAAGCCUCAAUUCCAAACUUGGAGUUUACAUAAGAUUGUCGUUGUGAAGGUUUAUGCUCUUAUUAUGUGA